AUGGGAAAUCAAGAGAAAGGGAAAGGGCUGAUGGAAUCUCAAAAUUCUGCAGACAAAUUAACAGCGCUGGUUGUAGAUGACGAUAAGCUUGUCCGAAUGAUUCAUCAAGGUCUGUUGAAAAGAGCUGGUGUGAAAAAUGAAGCUGUGAAAAAUGGUAAAGAAGCUGUAGAUAUUCAUUACAGUGGUCAAAGGUUUGACAUUAUUCUGAUGGAUAAGGAAAUGCCUAUCAUGACUGGGAUUGAGGCAACCAAGAAACUGCGUUCAAUGGGCAUACUUAGCAAGAUUAUUGGUGUGUCGUCGUGUACAGAAGCAAAAAAACAAGAAUUUCUGAAAGCAGGGAUAGAUGAUUAUCAAGUGAAACCAUUGACCAUUGGUGUGCUUAAUUCGAUUCUUGAAGUUGUAAAAGCUAGAAAGUAGCAUGGUCUUUGUGGACGAUGUUGUAAGAAACUAGGAGAA